CCUCAACAGAAAUGAGGACUAUAGGUCAAAAGGAUUUGGUUGUUCCAACUGAGAAUCCAGUAACUAUAUCAGACACAAUGGCAUCUAUCAAACCAAGUGCAGAUUCUAAAACUCCAAAUGAAUCUACAACACAAUCUGCAGUGGUUGAGUCAGCAAAAUCUGAAUGGAUUGUGCCAGCACAAUCUGAUACACAAUCAGGAAUAACAACCCAAAAUAUACUGGCUAAGCUACAAAAUAUAACACAAUCAACAGUGUCUCUCAAACCAGAGACAACAACAAUCCAAAAUGAUGAAUAUAAGAAAACAACAAAUGGAAGUCCAAAUACCAACAAUACAACACAAUCUCAUCUAAUGGACAGGAGCACAGGAUCAUCAAAUACAUCAAAACAUAACAGUGACAUCACAACUGAAGAAGCUGAAUAUCAUCAAACAAGUGAAUCAAGAUUCAACACUAGUGAUUCCAGCACCCUAGCUACCUCAACAACAAGUGAUGGAAUAUCUACUCCUCAUAUAGCAAGAACAACAACAAAUACAGAAGAUAAAACAACUCAAAAUAGAGCAAUUGCAGCAAUUGAUAAUCAAAAUAUAACAGAAGGAUCUCUAAUAUCAAGUGGAACUACAAUGAAUGUAGAAAUAACUAAAAUGGAUGGAACAAACAUUGAGCCAACUGCUGUAUCAAGUGAACAAACUACUGUAACAUCAGAACCAACUAAUUUGAUAACUGAAUCAACUAAUGUGACAAGUAAUCAAACAAAUGCAACAACUGAACCAACUAAUGUGACAAGUAAUCAAACAAAUGCAACAACUGAACCAACUAAUGUGACAAGUAAUCAAACAAAUGCAACAACUGAACCAACUAAUGUGACAAGUAAUCAAACAAAUGCAACAACUGAACCAACUAAUGUGACAAGUAAUCAAACAAAUGCAACAACUGAACCAACUAAUGUGACAAGUAAUCAAACAAAUGCAACAACUGAACCAACUAAUGUGACAAGUAAUCAAACAAAUGCAACAACUGAACCAACUAAUGUGACAAGUAAUCAAACAAAUGCAACAACUGAACCAACUAAUGUGACAAGUAAUCAAACAAAUGCAACAACUGAACCAACUAACAUGAUGACUGAACUAACUAAUGAAAUGACUGAACCAAUGGAUGUUACAGCUAAAACAAAUAAUAUGACAACUGAACCAAUUGAUGUUGCAACUAAACCAGACAAUGUAACAGGUGUACCAACUAAUGUAACAACUGACCUAAUUACUAUUAUGAUGGAACCAACUAAUGCUACAACUAAACCAUCUGCUGUGACAACUGAACCAAUUACAGUAACAGCUGAACCUUUUGAUGUGACAAUUGAACCAACUGCCAUGACAACUGAACCAACUAUAGUGGCAACUGAACCAACUAAUAUAACAACUAAACCAACAACUAUUGCAACAACUACUAAACCAGCUAAUGUGACAGCUGAACAGUCAUCUCUGACAGUUAAAUUGAGUAUUGUGACAACAGAAUCAACUACUUUGACAACUGAACCAACUAAUAUGACAACUGAAGCAACUGAUGUGACAACUGAAGCAACUGAUGUGACAACUGAAGCAACUAAUGUGACAACUGAACUAACUAUUGUGACAACUGAGCCAGCUAGAGUUAUGACUGAACCAGCUACUUUGAUAGCUGAACAAACCAGUGUGACAACUGAACCAAAUGUAACAGUUAAACCAACUAAAGUGACUGUACCAACUGGUGUGACAAUUGAGUCAAUUGAUUUAACAACUGAAUCAAGUAAUGCCACUGCUAAAUCAACAUAUUUGACAAUGGAACCAACUAUAAAAAUUAAGGAAACUAAACUGCCAACUUUGCCAAUUUAUGUGACAACUCAAGCAAUUGAUGUAACAACUGAACAAACUUAUGUGAAAAAUGAAUCAACUUCUUUGACAACUGUUCGAACUAAUGCCACAACUAAAUCAACUUAUAUGCCAUCAGAAUCAACUUUUAUGACAACUUCCCCAACUGAUGUGACAACUGAAUCUACUUAUGAGACAUUUGAACCAACAUCUGCAACAACUGGUCUAACUAGUUUGACAAAUGAAUCAACCAAUGUUACAGCUGAACCAACUAAUGUGACAACUAAACUAAUCAAUGUGAUAACAGCAGAACCAACCAACAUGAUAACUGAACCAAAUAAUUUGACAACUGAACCAACUAAUAUGGCAAGUGAACCAAAUAAUUUGACAACUGAACCAACUAAUAUGGCAAGUGAACCAAAUAAUUUGACAACUAAACCAACUAAUAUGGCAAGUGAACCAAAUGAUGGGACAACUGAAUCAACUUAUAAGACAUCCUCUGAAUCAAUUGCUAUGACAACUGCUCCAACUAAUUUGACAACUGAACUCACUAAUGUGACAACUGAAUCAACCAAUGUAACAACUGCAACUGAAUCAACUGAUGUAACAACCGAACCUAUCAAUGUGAUAACUGAAUCAACCGUUGUGACAACUGAAUCAACUAAUGUAACAACCGAACCUAUCAAUGUGAUACCUGAAUCAACUGUUGUGACAACUGAAUCAACUAAUGUAACAACUGCAACUGAAUCAACUAAUGUAACAACCCAAACAAUCAACGUGACAACUGAAUCAACUGUUGUGACAACUGAAUCAACUAAUGUAACAACUGAACCAAUCAAUGUGAUACCUGAAUCAAGUGUUAUGAAAACUGAAUCAACAAAUGUGACAAGUGAACCAACUAAUGUAACAACUGAACCAAAUAAUAGGACAACUGAAUCAACUUAUAUGACAUCAUCUGAAUCAAUUGCUAUGACAACUGCUCCAACUAAUUUGACAACUGAACUACCCCAUGUGACAACUGAAUCAACUAAUGUAACAACUGCAACUAAAUCAACUAAUGUAGCAACUGAACCAAUCACUAUGAUAACUGAAACAACUGUUGUAAUAACUGAAUCAACAAAUGUGACAACUGAACCAAAUAAUGGGACAACUGAAUCAACUUAUAUGACAUCAUCUGAAUCAAUUGCUAUGACAACUGCUCCAACUAAUUUGACAACUGAACUCACUAAUGUGACAACUGAAUCAACUAAUGUAACGACUGAACCAAUCAAUGUGAUAACUGAACCAAAUAAUUUGACAACUGAACCAAAUAAUGGGACAUCUGAACCAAUUGGUAUGAGAACUACUCCAACUAACAUAACAACUGAAUCAACUGUUGUGACAACUGAAUCAACUAAUGUAACAACUGCAACUGAAUCAACUAAUGUAACAACUGAACCAAUCAAUAAGAUAACUGAAUCAACUGUUGUGAUAACAACCAAACCAAUCAAUGUGACAACCGAAUCAAGUGUUAUGACAACUGAAUCAACAAAUGUGACAAGUGAACCAACUAAUGUAACAACUGAACCAAAUAAUAGGACAACUGAAUCAACCUAUAUGACAUCAUCUGAAUCAAUUGCUAUGACAACUGCUCCAACUAAUUUGACAACUGAACUCACAGUGACAACUGAAUCAACUAAUGUAACAGCUGCAACUGAAUCAACUAAUGUAACAACUGAACCAAUCAAUUUGACAACUGAAUCAACUGUUGUGACAAAUGAACCAAAUAAUGGGACAUCUGAAUCAACCUAUAUGACAUCUGAACUAAUUGCUAUGACAACUGCUCAAACUAAUGUGACAACUGAACCAAAUAAUUUGAAAACUGAACCGAAUAAUUUGACAACUGAACCGAAUAAUUUGACAACUGAACCAAAUAAUGGGACAUCUGAACAAGCUUAUGUGACAACUGAACCAACUAAUGUGACAACUCCUUUAAAUAAUAUGACAACUAAACCAAUACACCUGACAACCAAAUCAACUAAUGUGACAACUGAAUCAAAUUAUGUGACAA